AAGAAGACCCCGUUCUAAUGGCCCUCUCCUCUCGCAUCGCUAUCGUCACUGGUGCCGCCUCCGGACUGGGGCGGGCGACGGCCACUCGCUUCGUGCAGAACGGGGCGCGCGUGAUCCUGUGCGACCUGCCGACCAGCGACGGCGUCAACGUCGCCAGGGAGCUCGGCGUCUCGUGCCACUUUAGCCCCACCGACGUGACCAACGAGGACGACGUUACGGCGGCGCUGGACCUGGCCGAGUCGUCUUUCGGCGAGCCCGUGAACACGGUCGUCAACUGUGCGGGCAUCGCGCUGGCCAUCAAGACGCUGAGCAAGAAGGGUGUGCACCAGUUGUUCCAGUUCCAGCAGACCAUCAACGUCAACACGGUCGGGUCGUUCAACGUCGCGCGCCUCGCAGCCGAGCGCAUGUCGAAAACGAGACCGGGAGCUGGUGGCGAGCGUGGUGUCAUCAUCAACACGGCCAGCAUUGCUGCGUACGAUGGACAGAUUGGCCAGGCGGCGUAUGCUGCUAGCAAGGGCGCGAUCGUAGGCAUGACGUUACCUCUCGCUAGAGACCUUGCCUCGUACGGUAUCCGCGUGAAUACCAUUGCCCCAGGUUUGUUCAUGACCCCACUGUUGGCAGCACUACCGGAGAAGAUGCAGCAGCAGCUGGGCGAGAGCGUUCCAUUCCCAAGCCGCCUGGGCAACCCCGAGGAGUACGCGCAGCUGGUGCAUGCUAUCAUUGACAACAAAAUGAUCAAUGGCGAAACCAUUCGCCUCGAUGGUGCUCUCCGCAUGCCCCCCAAGUAACCCACUCUACGAUGGUCCAACAGCGCACUUGCUACACAAGAAUGUCAUUUCUUGUUAACAAACGCAAUAAAUACGGUAGCUGAUGCAAGCUACUGCAUAAGCCUUC